AUGCUCUGCUGCUGCCUUCCUCCCGCCCUUCCUUCCGCCGUGCUCCUUGCGACGGGCACCUCCCCUGCUCGCAUGUGUGUGGCGCCCACGCCUUUCCCUCCACCCCACACCCCACGCUCCACGCCCCGCACCCCAAACCCCGUAUCCCAAACCCCGCACCCCAAACCCCGUACCCCACGCCCCACACCCCGGACUCCUGCCCCGCUCCCUCCCUGUUCUGGGAUCCAUGCUGGGAACCCCCCCCCCGCCCCGGGCCCUGCCCACCCCGCUCCCCUCCUGUCCCCGGGCCCACGCCGUUGCACCCCCGCCCCGUGUCCCCGCCCGCUCCAUGCCCCCGCCCCGCCCCCCCCCCUGCCCCGGACCCUUCGGGACCCACGCCGGGAACCCCCGCCCCGUGUCCCCGCCCCGCUCCCCUCCUGUCCUCGGGCACACGCCGUUGCACCCAUACAGGAGUUCAGUGGCUCGCAGAAUACUGGUGUUCUCCUCUCCUCCCCCUUCCUCCCCCCUUUUUUAUGUUUUGAGCUUGUUACUCCCCGUCCCCCCUUCCCUCCCCCUUCCCAGUUUGAGGCGUUUGUCCGGUUUUCCGCCGUUCCCUCUUGCCCUCUUGCCUCUGCUCCACUGGUGUUCCGCCUGCUGGUGCACGAGAGCCUGUUUGGCGUGGGGAGGGGGAGGGGGAUCAGCAAGCAGGGGGGCUUGAAGAAUACCUCUCACUGCCCCCACGGUCCCACCUGCAUCUUCACUCAGUCCCCUGUCUCAGCCAGGCGGGGUGUGGUGAUUGGGUUGGGGCACGAGCAGGCCUGCCUGCAGCCUCACACCCCCCCCUGUCUCUCCUCCCUGUCGCUUUCCCUCCCCACUCCGCUCUCCAGUGGUGUUUCGCCUGCUGCCAUCGGAAGAGCGACUGCUAGUCAUCUCCUCGCCCCCCUCCUCCCCCCUCUCAUAUCAAGCAUUCGGGAAUCAUUUCCUCCUCUCUCACACUCCUUCCUCUCCCGUCCCCUCCCUCUCCGCCCCCUCCCGCCACCACCAGCCAUCAGAGGAGCGACUGCUGGUCAUCUCCUCGCCCCCCUCCUCCUUUUUGCUCAAUUGAGGGCGCAUUCCUGGCUUCCCAUCGGAAGAGCGACUACUAUUCAUCUCCUCGCCCCCCUUCUCCCCCCUUUCAAAUCAAGCAUUCGGGAAUCAUUUCCUCCUCUCUCACUCUCCUUCGUCUCCUGCCCCCUCCCCUUUCAACGCCCUUAUCUCCCCCCACCAGCCAUCAGAGGAGCGCCUGCUGGUCAUCUCCUCGCCCCCCUCCUCCUCCUCCGACCCCUCUCCAGCAGAGACCGCUCUCUUUGCCAUGUUCCCUGCCGCACUGCUGCCCCAGGUGUGUUCCCUGCCGCACUGCUGCCCCAGGACGGUCCGCAUCCCAACCAGAACCGCCAGCAGCAGCAGCAGCAGAGGGCAGACGAGUCGAGCCGAUCUGUCCUGAACCUGCUGGUGCCGGCGUCACAAUCGGGCGCUCUGAUUGGCAAGGGAGGUCGCGUGAUCAAAGACAUCCGCGAGUCCAGUGGGGCGUUCGUGCGCAUCACUGAGGGGCCCUCUUCGCCCUUCGCACUCCCGGCAGACAGGCUCGUACAGGUGGGUAGGGUGGAGUUGGACAUCCGCGAGUCCAGUGGCGCGUUUGUGCGCAUCACUGAGGGACCUGCAUCACCCUUCGCACUCCCAGCAGACAGGCUUGUGCAGGUGAGCAAUGAGGGGGGGCUGACUGGGGGCCACAGAUGUGGGGGGGAGGGGAGGGAAGGUUGGGGGAUUAAAGACAUCCGCGAGUCCAGCGGGGCGUUUGUGCGCAUCACUGAGGGACCUGCAUCGCCCUUUGCCCUGCCGGCAGAUCGACUUGUGCAGAUCACUGCAACAGCCCCCAAGCUGGAGGCAGCACUCAAGGCGAUUGCGAACGUACUCAAAGCCAACCCCCCUCAGGAGUCGCUAGAGGAGAUGGAGACAGCAGGGUCAGUCAGCAGCCCGCGCCACCAUCACCCCCUAUGCUGCUCCAUUCUUGUCCCUCUCAAAUCCCAUGUGUCCCUCUUCCUACCUUCCCAUCUCUCUCUAUCCAUCCUCAGAGCCAACCCUCCCCAGGAGCCGCUUGAGGAGAUGGAAACAGCAGGAUCAGUGGCAGCAGCACGCGCCACCAUUACCCCCUAUGCUGCCGCCGCCGCAGCAGCAGCAGCGCAGCAAGCAGCAGCACUGGCAGCAGGAACGGGGUUCCAGAGUCCUGGGGCGAGAGGAGGAGGAAGGGGGAGAGGGGGAGGUGGAAGGGGUGGAGGGGGAUUUGAAGGUUCGGGAGCCGGGGGGUACCCAGGUUCGGGGAUUGCAGGUUUGGGAUCUGGUUUGGCAGGAGGUUACGGUUCCCCAGGAGGUUUGGUGGGAGGCUUGGGAAUGCCGCCUGCGUAUGGCUCGGCAGCAGGUUCGGGGAUGUAUGAUGCUGGGCUGGGGUUGGGAGGGAGCGGGCUAGGCUCGGGAGCGCUAGGUUCGGGAUACGUGGGGGGAGGCUUGGGAAUGGAUCUGGGCAGUAGCUUCGGGGGAGGGGGGAUGGGGGGAGGGUUGGGGGGAGGGGCAGCAGCAGCAGGAGGAGGAGACCUGAGUUGGGGGUUAGGGGCAGGAUUCCAGGGUGGUGUGGGAGGGGGAGGAAUGGGGGGGAUUGGAGGAGGGUUGGGUGCGGUACUGGCCAAUUAUCAAGGAGCAGGAGGAGCAGCAGGGGGAGCAGGGGGAGGGGGGAUGGGGAGCGGUGGUGCUGGUGGUGGUGGCUCUCUGAGUGGCUUCUCUUCAUCCCCAAUGAGCCAUACUGCCUUCUCUUCUGCUUCCGGUGCUUCCGGUGCUGCUGGUUACGUUGAUGCGUCUGGUUACCACCCUCCGUCUGGUUACCCUACUUCGUCUGGUUACCAGCCUUCGCCUGGUGCUGGUAUUGAUGAUCCUUCCAGUGAGUUCCCUUGUGCCGCUGCCACUGCCACUGCCGCUGCCACUGCCACUGCCGCUGCCGCUGCCGCUGCCGCUGCCGCUGUAGGGCAGGGGCAGGCUCGGAUUGAGCUUCGGCUGCCGGGGCAGGCGAUAGGGUCGGUGCUGGGGAAGGGUGGGAACACGAUCAAGAACAUUCGGCAGAUGUCCGGUGCUAGCAUCAAGAUCCAGCCCUCGGAAGCAGGCACCACGGACAGGAUCGUUGAAAUUUCUGGCAACCCAACGCAGGUGUCGAGUGCAGAGGCCCUCAUCAAGGCAUGUGCAGCUGCAAGAUGA